AUGGCUGCAUUUACACUUUUAGAACAAGUCGAAGAAGACAAGCUCCACGCGAAUCGACUAUGGGGUUAUGAAGAACGUCCCUUCAAGCGAAUCAUCAAACGCCUCCUAGAACCUUCCAACCCCAUUAACUCAUUCUACACUCGCUCUGUAGACGCCAAAAGCGAAGAAAGCGAUAGUGCUGCCUCGGAACUCCAACACCAGCAGUUCCUGAAGAAUAUUCAACGUUUCCGUGAUGAAGCUAUCCUUGAUUUCGCCGCCUUCGACAGCAGCAUUGCGCGCAUCCAAUAUCUCCGCGCAGCUAACGAGCGUGAAAGAGAUCGGUACGCUGCCGAGAAACUCAAGAUUGAAGCUACGGCCGAAGAAGUGCGGGAGAACACGGCGGAUCUGAGAGUGCAGCUGGACGAGGCGCAGAAGAACCUCGCCAUUCGGAAAACAUACGAUGUACUGGCCGACAGAAUCACCAAGAACGCGUCCUUGAAGCCCCGCGAUGAGCAACAUGUUAAUAUUGAGAAGCUCAAGGCCGAGAUAGAAGAACUCGAGCGCGAAUCACAAGAACACAACCAGGCCUGGGUCGACAGGAGAGAGCAGUUUAGCAGAUUGGUGACCGAAAGUCAGAGAUUGAGAAGAGUGGUCCGGGACGAGAAGGAGCCAGAGAAAGAUGAGGACGCGACUGAACAGGACGAUGAGAAUCUGCUUGGCACAGAUCGAGAACGAGACCCUCUGUCAAAUGCUGGAACACCUCGGAUGAUGGACGAUGCACCAACGCCGCUUCCAGGUCUGCAUGGCGCGUUGAGUCCAAGGUCCAACAUUGGUGGUGCAACACCUCUUCGAGGCGACGAUGUUGAGAUGGAUGGAUUGGGUGGUGCGGAUGCUCCUCCUGCAGUCAUCGUGGAUAAGCCAGUAGAUGAAAUGGACAUGUCAUGA